AUGGAAGUAAAAGGGCAAGAAAUCCUCCUCUCUUCACCUCCCCUGUCCACCAGAAGGUGGUGGUCGUCGGAGACGGUGGCGGUGGUGACGGGGGCGAACAAAGGGAUUGGGUUUGCAAUGGUGAAGCGAUUUGCAGAGUUGGGAUUGAGUGUUGUUUUGAGUGCAAGGGACAAAGAGAGAGGACACAGGGCUUUGGAUUUGCUAAGAAGCCAAGGACUCAACAACCAUGUUCAUUUCUUUCAACUGGACAUAUCAAACCCUAGUUCCAUCACAACCUUUGCUUCCUGGUUCAAACACAAUUUUCAAGCUUUGGAUAUCCUUGUAAACAAUGCAGGUGUAUCAUUCAAUGAGAUCCAUGAGAAUUCAGUAGAGAAUGCAGAAUCUGUAAUCAAAACCAAUUUCUAUGGUUCCAAAAUGCUCACUCAGGCCCUCUUGCCCUUGUUUCGCCCAUCUUCACCAAUUUCUUUCAGCAGCUGUAGGAUCCUUAAUAUCAGUUCAAGACUUGGAUCAAUCAAUGAGUUAAGAAACCCUAAGCUAAAAGAGAUGCUACAAAGUGAGAAGCUAACAAUGGAUGAAGUUGAAGGCAUGGUGGGAUUGUUUCUUGAGAAUGUCAAGGAUGGGACAUGGAAGACUCAAGGAUGGCCUGAAAUAUGGCCUGAUUAUGCUGUUUCAAAGAUGGCACUCAAUGGGUAUUCUAGGGUUUUGGCUAAGCUUUACAAAGACAAGGGUUUAUGUGUGAAUUGCUUCUGCCCUGGAUUUACUCAGACCUCCAUGACCGGCGGCAAGGGCACUCACACCGCUGACGAUGCUGCCGCGGUUGCUGCUGGCCUUGCCUUGAUCCCUGCCAAGGACAUGCAAACUGGAAGGUUUUAUUUAGGUUUUCAUCGGCCGGGAAAAAAUAUUACAAACUCUAAACUAUGAUAACCUUUUGUACUUGAUUAAAUAUUU